AUGUCUUCCUCCAAAAUAACUCAACACUUUCGUAGUACCGUUUUUCCAAUUCACUUCGUUAACCAUCGAAGACCUUAUGCAAACUCUUCACCUUCCCCCCACACGUCUCCCGAAGAGUCUACAUCGUCCUCCUACCUGAACAAAUUCACAAAAUACACUGCAAAACGGCUUCCUACUGCUAUAUUGGCGAACAUAAUAGUAACUGGCCUUGCUGGUCUCAUAUCAGUGGACCUUAUGUACGCUCGGUACAGAAAUAGAUGUAAUGAGCGUCUUCUCAACGAAACAGUGGAAAAGGGCACUCGACCUAGAGCGGGAAUUUCAAGUGACAAGUUUGUUCCUCGACCUGAAAUUGUAGAACGCCUUAAAAGAAUUUUUCAACCCUAUGAAGAUCAAUCGUCUUAUCACAUGGUUUAUGGUGAACAUGGAACCGGGAAAACUACGCUGACCAGGAUUGCAUCGAGUGAGGUUGGGCACGGAGUCAUAUACGUUGAUGUUCCUGCGAAUUUUGAGAAAUUUGCUGAGGAGUUUGCAAGAGCUAUUAAUUUCACAUUUGAGGAACGUAUCUCUUUUACAGCACAGUUAAUGAAGAAAAUCUUGGGAUCUACCAAUAAUAAACUUAAUUAUCCUGAGUGGGUAAGAGCUAUGGAUGCUUUUAAACGUGCCUCUGUAGUGUACAAAGCAAAGAAUGGUAAACCACCGGUUAUCGUUUACGAUAAUAUUAGCCGAUUGGUUCACAAAAAUCCGGAAAUCCUCGACAUCCUUCAAGAUGAUGCCAAGGAUAAUGCCGAUGACAGCAAGUACAUCGCUGUAUUUGUCAGCAGUGAAGGUUCGGUGCCUAGAAGAAUGGAAUCACGUAGUGCCUGGUCACGAGCAGAUAAACCGGUGAUAGAAAUUGGCGAUCUCGGUGAAAAGGAAUCAAUAGAUUAUCUGGUCAACAAGCGCAAGAUCAACUCUGUAGAAGCAAAAAAAUUAUAUGAAUUAGUUGGUGGGCGCAUUGUAGAUCUAAAGUCUGUGGCGGGCAAAUUUCUAGCUGGACAAUCUCUCGAAGUCAUUAAACAGCAAAUAUUAACUGAAGUCAAGAAGAAAUUUGAUUCAGCAAACCUCCUUCGAAAUCAAUCGCAUCACGAGGCAGGAAAGGGUGUAAUUAGUGCUUUGUUGGAUUCCAAAGAGAUUGAUACUGAUGUAUUUAGAGAAUUUUUCAAGGGUGAGAAAUACAAUGAAGUUUUAGAAGCUAACGUGUUUGCAUAUCAUCCAUCAAGAGAUACCAUAACUUUUCAGUCUCGCUCAGUAGAAUACUAUAUUCAGGAAAAUGCUAGUAUAUUCAAAUAA